AUGAAAAUACCAAAGCACUGUUUGAUGCAGAUUGAAAACUGGAUAAUAGCUAUUAAAGCAUAUCCUUAUAUAGAUCCAGAGGACUUACUGCAAUUAUGUAAUCGAUGUACAACGUACAAUACUCUAUUGCCGGAAAUAAGUACAGAGCCUGGCACUUCUUGCUCUCACUGUGGCUCUCAAUUUCAGUAUUCUUUCGUUAUGUUUGAAAUUCUACCUUUGGUAGAGUUUGAGUUAGAACCAGGAAUUACGAAUGAAGAGGCAGAGAAAUUUAUUAAAGAGCCAGUUCAACCAAUCAAAAGUGCAUUGGAAAAAAAAAAUCAACUUACAAUUUUUAGUGACAAGACCGACUUAUUCUUGAAUCAUUUGGAACAGUAUGAGAUUCUUGAAUAG